GAGGGCAGAGCGGACCCGGCGCGGGUCGGAGUCGGGGUGCCCGGGAGGACCCGGCUCCUCCGGGGCGCAGACCUCGCCCCGGCUGGCUCCGUGCCGGGCCUUCGGGCUUCCACCCAGUCUUUGACCCUCUGUCCCCACGCGGUGCCCCCUCCCCCCGCAGCUGCACCGCUGUGACCGCUGCCCGGGCCGCUGCUGCUCCUUUCCGAGCGGGGCCGGCGGCAUGGCUGUGUCCUGGAGGAGCUGGCUCGCCAACGAAGGGGUUAAACACCUCUGCCUGCUCAUUUGGCUUUCCCUGAAUAUCCUGCUUUUCUGGAAAACCUUCUUGCUGUAUAACCAAGGGCCAGAGUAUCACUACAUCCACCAGAUGUUGGGGCUAGGAUUGUGUCUAAGCAGAGCCUCUGCAUCUGUUCUUAACCUCAACUGCAGUCUUAUCCUUUUACCCAUGUGUCGAACACUGCUGGCUUACCUGCGAGGAUCCCAGAAGGUUCCAAGCAGGAGAACCAGAAGACUGUUGGAUAAAAGUAGAACAUUCCAUAUAACCUGUGGUGUUACUAUCUGUAUUUUCUCAGGUGUGCACGUGGCUGCCCAUUUGGUGAAUGCCCUCAACUUCUCAGUGAAUUACAGUGAGGAUUUCCUUGAACUGAAUGCAGCGAGAUACCGAGAUGAGGACCCUAGAAGACUUCUCUUCAUGACUGUUCCUGGCCUGACAGGGGUCUGCAUGGUAGUGGUGCUAUUCCUCAUGAUUACAGCCUCUACAUAUGCAAUAAGAGUUUCUAACUAUGAUAUCUUCUGGUACACUCAUAACCUCUUCUUUAUCUUCUAUAUGCUGCUGAUGUUGCAUGUUUCAGGAGGACUGCUGAAGUAUCAAACUAAUUUAGAUACCCACCCUCCUGGCUGUAUCAAUCUUAACCGAAUCCGCUCUCAGAAUAGUUCCUUACCAGAGUAUCUCUCAGAACAUAUUCAUGAAGCUUCCCCUGGAGGAUUUCCAAAACCAGAAGAGCUUACCCAGAACACACUUGUGAAGAUUUGUGUGGAAGAGCCCAGGUUCCAAGCUAAUUUUCCACAGACUUGGCUUUGGAUUUCUGGACCUUUGUGCCUAUACUGUGCCGAAAGACUUUACAGGUGUAUCCGGAGCAAUAAGCCAGUCACCAUCAUAUCAGUCAUAAGUCAUCCUUCAGAUGUCAUAGAAAUCCGAAUGAUCAAAGAAAAUUUUAAAGCAAGACCUGGCCAGUAUAUUAUUCUACAUUGUCCCAGUGUGUCUGCAUUAGAAAACCAUCCAUUUACCCUCACAAUGUGUCCUACUGAAACCAAAGCAACAUUUGGGGUCCAUCUUAAAAUAGUAGGAGACUGGACAGAACGAUUUCGAGAUUUACUAUUGCCUCCAUCUAGUCAAGACUCUGAAAUUCUGCCCUUCAUUCAAUCUAGAAGUUAUCCCAAGCUGUACAUCGAUGGCCCGUUUGGAAGUCCGUUUGAGGAAUCACUAAACUAUGAGGUUAGCCUCUGCGUGGCUGGAGGCAUUGGAGUAACCCCAUUUGCAUCAAUACUCAACACCCUGCUGGAUAACUACGGGAACACCACUGACAUACAGCUAGAACUGUACUUUAUCUGGGUGUGCAGAGACAUCCAAUCCUUCUGUUGGUUUGCAGACUUACUCUGUAUGUUGCAUAACAAGUUGUGGCACGAGAACAGACCUGACUACGUCAACAUCCAGCUGUACCUCAGUCAAACAGAUGGGAUACAGAAGAUAAUUGGAGAAAAAUACCAUGCACUGAAUUCAAGACUUUAUAUUGGACGUCCUCGAUGGAAACUUCUAUUUGAUGAAAUAGCAAAAUGUAACAGAGGGAAAACAGUUGGUGUUUUCUGUUGUGGACCCAGUUCAAUUUCCAAGACUCUUCAUAAACUGAGUAACCAAAACAACUCAUAUGGGACAAGAUUUGAAUACAAUAAAGAAUCUUUCAGCUGAAAACCUUUGCCAUGAACCCGGAGUUUAAAGAAGGAAUGAGUGCAAUUUCUAAGACUUUGAAACACAGCUGAAUCAAACAGCUGUGUUGUGUCAAAGAGUAGCAAGGUUGUCUUAUUUAUGAUUAUUUAAAAUGGAAAUGCAGAAAAUGUGGCAAGAUGACAGGUCAUAUUACAUGUUUAAUCUGGAAACUAAAGAGGCCCUGAAGAAUAUUUGAUGUGAUGAUUCACUUUUCAAUUUUCAAAUUAAAAGAAAACUAUUCGAUCCACACUGUUGAUUUUUAUGGCAGAUUCAAGAACUCCCUAGUGAGGAGCUGAACUUGCUCACUCUGAGGCUGAAAGCCACGGUCCUCUUUAAAUUGUUUUUUGGUUGAACCAAUGCAAGAUUGAACAAAAUUAAAAAUUCAUUGAAACUCA